GGGCGUGACUUGGUGCCGGUGGGCGUGGCCUGGGUCAUGAAAGCAGCGGCAUCAGCAGUACUAGCGGCAGCAGAGGAGGAUCUGCAGGAUGAGCGGCCACGUCGGGGACCUGAGCUCCAAGCAGGCGGAGGCGCUGUCAAAGUUCCGCGAGAAGAUCCAAGACAUCCUGCCUCUGCUCCCUGCCCAGGAUGACUACUACAUCCUCAAAUGGCUCCGGGCCAGGUGUUUCGACUUGCAGAAGUCCGAGGCCAUGCUCCGAAAGCAUGUCGAGUAUCGGAAGCGCAUGGAUGCGGACCACAUCCUAGAAUGGCGGGCCCCAGAGGUUAUCGAGAAGUACAUGUCUGGAGGAAGAUGCGGCUUUGACCUGGACGGCUGCCCCAUUUGGUACGAGAUCAUCGGCCCCCUCGACGCCAAAGGGAUCCUCUUCUCGGCUUCGAAGCAAGACUUGCUCAAGAAGAAGUUCCAGGACUGCGAGAUCAUGCGCGGCCUUUGCGAUGCGCAAACCAAAAAGCUGGGGAAGAAGGUCGAAACCAUCAUGAUGAUCUACGAUUUCGAGGGGCUGAGCUUGAAGCAUCUAUGGAAGCCAGCGGUGGACGCCUAUUCAGAGCUCCUCGCCAUGUUCGAAGAGAACUACCCCGAGUCCCUGAAACGUGUCUUCGUUAUCAAAGCGCCAAAGCUGUUCCCCGUGGCUUACAACCUGGUGAAGCACUUUCUGAGUGAGGACACACGCAAGAAGAUUGUCGUCUUGGGAGGGAACUGGAAGGAGGUCUUGCUGAAGCACAUUGAUGCCAAGGAGCUCCCUGUGGAAUAUGGGGGGUCCCUCACUGACCCGGACGGGGACCCCAAAUGCAAGACCAAGCUGAACUACGGAGGCGAGGUCCCCAAGAAGUACUACGUAAGGGACCAGGUGAAGCAGCAAUACGAACACACCGUGGUGGUGAAUAGGGGCUCCUCCCAACAAGUGGAGUACGAGAUCCUCUUCCCUGGCUGCGUCCUCAGGUGGCAGUUUAUGUCAGACAGCGCCGACAUAGGGUUUGGCGUCUACCUGAAGACCAAGAUUGGGUCGCGCCAGCAUGCCAGCGAUAUGACUGAAGUGCAUCCCAACCAGCGCUACAACGCUCACCUGGUGCCUGAGGACGGCUCUCUCACCUGCGCAGAUGCUGGCAUCUACGUCCUGCGGUUCGACAACACCUACAGCUACAUCCAUGCCAAGAAAGUUAGCUACACGGUGGAGGUCCUAUUGCCGGACAAGAAAGCCGAAGAGGAGUUCAAGCAGCUGGAAGACCUGACGAAGGAGAUGAAGAUCAAUGAUGCCUGAUGGGGCCUGGCCCAGCCCUUUGGGAAGGCAAGGGAGUGGGGUCCAUCCUCUUCGAAGCUAGCAAAUGUUAAGGAUGGGGGUCUAAUAGGGCUGGGAAAGUGACUAACCUCAUGAUGAUGAUGAUGCCUUGCUCCCUUGCUUUCAUACGAUGUGUACCCCCCCCCUUUUGGGGUCCUCUUGGGGUGGCUACAGCCAAGUAGAUGGCAAUGGAGGGGUGGCGUGGGUAUGGCCAUAUUGGGGGGCUUCUCAUUCCCAUUCAGUGCCAGUGGGAAGGUUGGAGUAGCCCCCCAUUUCUGUUUACACGGUGUUUUCUGCCCUCUGACAGGCAUAGCUCUGGCCAAGGGUCCCCAAGUCCAGUGUUAGGGUUUCCUCAGUGGUCAGUCAGUGGGGUCUGAAGACACUAUGCUUCCCCCGCACUGAUGCGCAAAGGCAUGGUUGGCCAUGACUGUUCACAGUCCCCGACAUGACUUAUUUUAUUUAGCUUCCCUUCCACUUUUAUUGGUCCUUACCUCCUCUUGCGACCCUGCUGACCAAACCUGUCUACUGACCGAUCCCCCCAUGCCAUUGACCACAGAAGCUUGACCACUUCCCUGUUCAAUUUGCGCCUCCAAAGCGGCGCUCGCAAACCCAGAGCCCCGUUCACUGCUAACAGACUGCCUUAAUAAACCAUUCCUGUGAGGCCUGAAUCAUAGAAUCGUAGAGUUGGAAGAGACCCCAAAAAGGGCCGUCCAGCUCAACCCCAUUCUGCCAUGCAGGAACUCUCAAUCAAAGGGCCGCCGACAACCAGCACAUGGUGUGCGCUCCGAAUACACACAUCUCUCCAGUUUACAUGCCAGGCCAUGUGCUCCAGGUGGGGAUCCUUGCACUGUGAGCUUUCUUCACCCCUUCGCUCCCAGCAAAAACUGGAGUCGUGGCGGACUCUACAGAAACAGCACAGCACUUUUUCGUUUUCCCCAUCCAAAAUUUAAUCUUUGGUUUUCAAUGAUGUGGAAGACCGGAGCUUUUAAUAAACCCUGACGUUGGUA